AUGGAAGCUGUUGUUCGUCAAUCAAUGGGAUGCUGCCCAUUUGUUCGUCAAGCAUCGAUGAACACAAUGAAGAACUUUUCAUUGGCCGACAAGGCCAUCGCUUGCCCAGUUAUGGGUCCUGCAGUCAUGAAGGCUAAAGAAUCAAAGAACUAUUCCACUGCUUCUAAACCUUUGACCGCUGCUGCCGCUGCUGCCCCAUCAUCCUCUGCUAACGCCGCCGCCGCUGCUGCUGCUGUUGCUCCUCAACCAUUUGUAGCUGCCGGAGUUUCUAACGAAACUGCUUAUGACUACGAAGGGAUGUUCGAAGAUGAGUUGAUGAAGAAGCGUCAGGACAAGUCCUACCGUUAUUUCAACAACAUCAACCGUUUGGCCAAAGAGUUUCCAAAAGCUCAUAGAGACUUGGAAUCCGACAAGGUCACGGUGUGGUGCUCCAACGAUUACUUGGGAAUGGGAAGAAACCAAGAAGUGUUAAAGGCCAUGCAAGCCUCUUUGGAAAAAUACGGUUCUGGGGCCGGGGGUACCAGAAACAUUGCUGGUCAUAACAAGCAUUCCAUGGCUCUCGAAGCCGAAUUGGCAGCUUUGCACAAGAAGGAAGCUGCUUUGGUUUUCAGCUCUUGCUUUGUCGCUAACGACUCGGUGUUAUCCUUGUUAGGUCAAAAAAUCAAAGAUUUGGUGAUCUUUAGUGACGAAUUGAACCACGCGUCGAUGAUCACCGGGAUUAAGCACUCUGGGUCCAAAAAGCAUAUUUUCAAACAUAAUGAUUUGAGUGAUUUGGAAAGUAAGUUGGCAAUGUACCCUAAGUCUACUCCUAAAUUGAUUGCCUUUGAAUCGGUUUACUCCAUGUGUGGAUCGGUUUCUCCAAUUGACGAGAUUUGUGAUUUGGCCAAGAAAUAUGGGGCCAUUACCUUUUUGGACGAAGUUCAUUCUGUGGGGAUGUACGGUCCUCAUGGUGCUGGGGUUGCCGAACAUUUGGAUUUCGACGCUCACUUGGCCACCGGGAUCAGAUCUCCAGAAUUCAAGACCGUUUCUGACAAAGUUGACAUGAUCACCGGGACUUUGGGUAAGACUUUUGGUACUGUUGGUGGGUAUGUUGCUGCCAGUGCUAACCUCGUUGAUUGGGUCAGAUCUUAUGCUCCAGGAUUCAUUUUCACCACUUCUUUGCCUCCAUCCGUGAUGGCCGGGGCCAUUGCUGCCGUUAGAUACCAAAGACAUACUUUGGAAGACCGUAUCUUGCAACAAAACCACGCUAGAUACCUUAAGUCCAAUUUUGCAAGAAUCGGGGUGCCAGUGAUUCCAAACCCAUCACACAUUGUGCCAAUCUUGAUUGGUGAUGCUUUCAAUGCAAAGAAAGCCUCCGACUUGUUGAUGGACAAGUAUCGUAUUUAUGUCCAAGCUAUCAAUUUCCCAACCGUUGCUAAAGGUACUGAAAGAUUGAGAGUCACCCCAACCCCAGGUCACACUAACGAUUUGAGUGAUUUCUUGCUUGCCUCAGUCGAUGAGAUCUUUACUGAUUUGAAUUUGCCAAGAGUCAGAGAUUACGAAAUCAUGGGUGGCUUAGCCGGUGUUGGUACCGGGGAAGUUGUCGAACCAGUGUGGACCAAUGAACAAUUGAAAUUGACUUCUAAGGAUUUGAAUUCCAAUGUUGUUGACCCAACUUUUGAAUACUUGGGAAGCUCUUCAGGUUAUGAUUUGUGA